AUGUUUAAAAGAUGGUUGCUGGCCCUGCUGUCCCGGGUGGGCUCGGUGUUCGCGGGCCUCUGUUGCUGCGCGGCUCUGCUCUACCUGCUGGCCUGCAGACCCGCGUCCAGAAGCGCCCAGCGAGACCCACUGUGGUCGUCGGGCACCACCAGCAAGGAAGGCUACAUGGCGCUGCUCCAGGAGAGGGAGGACUCCCACAAGCAUUACAUUGACAGCCUGGGCAAGCAGAUCGCGCAGCUCCAGGAGGCUCUCCAGGAGAGGACGCUGCAGCUGCAGGAGUCGCUGGACAAAGCCAAAACCAAAGGGAUUCUGCCUCUGGGCCUGGAGAGUCUGCACAAAAACCCCACGCAGUCUGACCUAAAGGAGUUCUUCCGCUCACAGCUGAACCAUGCAGAGGUCAAUGCGGGCGUGACACUACCCAACGAAUACGUCUUGAUCCCGUUUGACACUUUUACACUGCGGAGGGUGUACCAGGUGGAGACGGGCCUGAGCAAGCACCCUGAGGAGAGGCCUGUGAGGAAGGACCGCAGGGAUGAGCUGAUAGGCAGUGUGGAGACAGCACUACAUGUUCUAAAUGGACCUCAGCAACACCUGGACACCAGCAGGAGGAAACACACCUUUUCUCCGUCAGACUUCAUUGAGGGGCUGACCCGCACCGAGCGAGAUAGGGGCACCGUGUACGAGUUGAUAUUCAAAGGUGACGGGCCGCGGGACUACGCCAAGAUGGUGCUCUUCAGGCCUUUCGGCCCCGUGGUGAAGGUGAAGAGCGAGCGGGUGGACACGCGCAGCAUGCUUGUCAACAUCAUCGUACCGCUUUCCAAGAGGGCAGACACCUUCCGUCAAUUUGUCCGCAACUUCAGAGAAGUGUGCAUCCAGCAGGACGGCAGGGUCCAUCUCACUGUUAUCUACUUUGGACGUGAGCAGAUUGAUCAGGUGAAAGCCGCAUUGGAUCAGACAACCAGGGAGACUCGCUUCAGGAGCUUCACGCUGAUCCAGCUCAAUGAGGAGUUCUCCCGUGGGCGGGGCUUAGAAGUGGGCGCCAGGGCCUGGAGGCGAAGUCACAACGUCCUGAUGUUUUUCUGCGACGUCGACAUCCACUUCACGGCAGACUUCUUGACUUCCUGUCGCCUCAAUGCGGAGCCUGGUAAAAAGGUGUAUUACCCAAUCCUCUUCAGCCAGUACAAUCCAUCUAUCAUCUACAGUAAUUACACUCAUCAACCAUCUAUGCAGCAACAACUGGUGAUAAGACGCAACACAGGCUUCUGGAGAGAUUUUGGUUUUGGGAUGACAUGCCAGUACCGGUCAGACUUCCUCAACAUCGGUGGUUUUGACCGCAGCAUUAAAGGCUGGGGGCUGGAGGACGUGCACCUGUAUAGGAAGUACCUGCACAGCAAGCUGAUGGUGGUGCGAGCUCCGUCGCGCGGCCUCUUCCACUUGUGGCACGAGAAGACGUGCGCCGACGAGCUGCCGCCGGACAAGUACCAGAUGUGCAUGCGGACCAAGGCCAUGAGCGAGGCCUCGCACGGGCAGCUGGGGGAGUUGCUCUUUAAAGCGGACAUCCAGGCGCACCUCGACAGGAGCAGAAGAAGUUCAUGACGUGUUGUGGCGAUGGAGGCUAACAGACACUGACUGCAUAAUUGUGUACUGACAAUAAAGGAGAGUUAUUGAAAGCAUUUUAACUCGUGGAGGCAGCAGUUGACUGUGUGUAUGUGGCACAUGGACAUGUGACAAAUACCACCCACUGCAACUGCACUGCAGACAUUGUGCUGCUCCUUCUGGUUUGUGGACUUUGGCCACCUAGGGGCAGUAUAAUACAAACAUACAGCUACAUGGAGCCAGUUGCAGUAGCAUUGGCCAUGUUUUGGAGAGGAUAAAGAAUAUAUCCCUCUGAGUAUUGUUAUAUUUUCCGUCAACAUGUGUUGCUCCACUGUUUGUGUUCAACAAGCGCUGAAAGGGUUAUGACAACGCAACACUGAUGCUAUUCAUUAGCCCAUCUGGCGUUUUGCUUUGCUUGUUAGCAUUAAGCUAAAUGAACAUGGUAGCUGAAGCUAUUUAACGUUUAGCGUUUUAAAUAUACACUGUGUAAUUCUCUUUGUUUUAUGAUUCGUUUGACAGUACA